AUGGACGAAGAUCCGCACCAGCCUGAGAUCACCGUCAUUGAAGGCACCGCGAUAGACCAUGGACUGCCGUCGGGGUCGAGUUCUGGCAGUGGUAGUGGCAGUGGCAGCGUGGGGUCUGGUGCUGCUGCGUACCAGUACCAAUAUCUCCAGCAGCAGCAGCUCGCUCAACAGGCGUUUGCCAGACAGCUCCAGAACAUGCAACAUGCGCGGCCCGUGGGUAUUCCGGGGUCUGGUGACUCGUCGUCGGUCCCGCGAGAUGGUUUGAAUAUGGUGGAUGUCGAUACUGGAGUUCAGGGUCUUGGUCAGUCUUCUGUUUCAGAAUCUCCUGCUACUCAGAACACUCAGAAUCAGGACCAGCAGACCCAAGGCCAAGUCCAAUCCCAGAAUUCACAGCUCCAGAGCCAACCGCAGGUCCAGGUUCAGUCGCAAUCCCAGUUUUCGAACCAGAUCCAGGGCCAGACCCAGUAUCUGGCCCAGUCACAUUCGGCUAUUGACCGCGAACGCCAUCUCCACCAGCUCCAAUCUCUACAGAAACAACAACCUUUACCAAUGGGCAGUUCUGGCAGUGGAAUUGGAAUCGGUUUGAAUCAGUUUGGCCAGCAACAACAACAGCAACAACAGCAGCAGCAACAACCGGGUAUUGGACCAGGAUCGUCUUCAUCGUUUGUAGGCUCAUUUGGCCAGAAUUACCCCCUGGGGCCUUCGUCUAGACACAACAGUACCAGCAACUUGGUACAGGCACAUGCUUUACAAGGAGGAGCUCAUUCGUUUCGCGAUGACCCGUCUGUCACCUCAAUAGCGGCUGGCCUGGUACCGGGCAGUAUUGGCACUUCGCCAGGUACUGCUGCGACAUCUGCAUUUUUCUCUCCUUCUUCGGGCUCUCGACUCGCUCCUCAUACUAAUCUACCUUCUUCGGUAUCUUCUUCCUACAAAUCAGCUCAGCCUUCUAACAGCUUCUCUUCAUAUUCUUCAUAUCCAUAUAAUGGAGGUGCUGCUAGUAUAGGUGCCAGUAGUGUCGGAGGAGGAGGAGGUGGCGGAGGUGUUGUUGGGAGUAGCGCUUUUAAUACUAAUUUCACGUCGUUUGCUACUGCCAAUAGCUCUUUGAAUGAUAGAACUGGAAUAUACGCAUCUUCACCAAUCACAGGCGAUUCUGCCAGUGAGAAUGCUAAUCCAGCAGUUAAUUCGUCGUCGUCGUUUGCUGGUAAACUCGUUCAACCAGGAAACGUGGUGCGGACAUCUCUGCUGACAUCGAAACUGGCUGCCAGUAGUAAUAGUGGCAGCAGUAACAACUCAACUGCUAAUAACACUCCUAAUAAUGCAUCACCGUCUAGAGCCACUGUCUCACGACAAUCGUCAUUCUCUGCUUCUGGUAACCAACAGCUGACAACAUCAACCUCUAACUUUCCGUAUCCUAAUCCCCGUACAAACAGUCGCCAUAAUAGUUUAGUUGCCAGUGGACAACCUGGUCCUUUCCAACAACAACAACAACCAUACAGCUCAGAUCCUGUCAACUUUUCCAGUUCUGGACCUGCUAGUUCGGGAUUCUCAAGGUUCACAAACAUCACCAAUAAUAGUGGACCUGGAAGUUAUACUCCAUCAUCAGCUACUGGAGUAUCAUCAACGCCCGGAGUACCUGGUCAGGUACCUGGUCAGGUACCUGCAGGCAAUAAUUCGUCUGGACAACAGAACUUUCUGCCUCAUCCCUCGUCAACCACAACUAACAUUUCCCGAGAACAAGUGUCUGCUGCCUCGUCUGCCGAUACCAGUGCUGAUUUCGGCGCUGUGACCACCCACAACCCGUCGUCUUCUCCAAUGGACACUGCUACUGACGAAUUCAACACCCCAGCCGACUCAUUCCAACCGAGCUACCAGUCGCCAUCAACCACAUCUUCAGCAGUUUUCGGUAACCAACAGCAACAGCAACAGACUGGAUCCUCGAUACAUGGACAUACAACUGGACAAACUAACGAACUGCCUCCGAUUACAAACCAAGGAAUAACCUCUCAACGAGGCACACCUGGUACUACUGACGAUGGUUCUGGUGUGAAUAUAGCACCAGGAACCGGUUCUGCCACAGGAGAUGAGUUUAACCGACAAUACUCAGCAGCCCAUCCUGGUCCACACCUCGAUAUUGCCAAUCACCCUGUCCCUGACGUGCUGGUCAUGUUAACAGUAUUACUACAGAAGAUUAUAGAUGCCAACGACGCUCUACAUCCCCACAACUACCAAGCUUCGGAGAUAGCUGAUACCUCUGACAGGUUCACCGCCAACGUUCUCGCAUUCCAUGGUCGCAACAUCCCGGCCAUCAGUCUCCAUGCGUACCUGUCCCGUAUUCUCAAAUACUGUCCCACCACCAACGAGGUGUUUAUCUCGCUUCUAGUGUAUUUCGACCGAAUAGCCCAGCGAGCCAAUUCUGGCGAGCUGUCUCCUUCUGGUGUCAUGGCAGGUUCUGCCUCGGGAACUACGAACCACCCUGGUGGAUCCACCGACCCUGACCACCCUGACCAGCCUCAAUUAUUCGUCAUGGACAGUUACAACAUUCACAGACUGAUCAUAGCCGGCGUCACUGUAGCCAGCAAAUUCUUCUCGGACAUCUUUUACAAGAACUCUCGUUACGCCAAAGUCGGUGGUCUGCCAGUGGACGAACUCAACCACCUGGAGCUCCAGUUCCUACUCCUCACCGACUUCCGACUCAUGAUCUCGCUCGAAGAGCUCCAGCGCUACGCCGACCUGCUCCUCCGGUUCUGGCAAAAAGAAGCCGUCCACAGCUCGCCACACCCCAUGUCCACCAUUUAG